AUGCCGCAGUGGGACUACCCAAACCCUCGAGCAUUCGACCACCCGAACACAUGCCGCAGUGACAGUAUUAUGUCCACUAAACUCCGCGGCGACGACGAGCCCCGGAGGCGUCGUCGCAAGGAGGGCAGUGAACAACGCGAGCGAGGAGAGGCUGACAAAGAUUCGACGAGCUCGCGGGACAAGCAACAGCACCGCGGCAGCUCGCACAAGAUCAGCUCGUCUGGCAAGGCAUAUCGGAAGCGAUCGACGAGCCGGGAGCGGGAGAAGGAUAGGAGUACUGCUUCCGAGCGCGGAACGGCGACGAAGAAGAGGGUGGAAGUGGUGCUGCCAGAGAUGGAGCGGCGUACGACCAGCAGCAGUUCGGCGUCGGGCAUCCGCUCACAGACUUCAUAUCCUACCUUCAGCAAAGCACACAGCAGAGAGGCGGUGCACAGUCUGGAGGAUGUGCGGUCGAAGCCCAUCACACCUGCCACGACAGAUGUCAAUGGCGAAAAGAGAAGGAACUCUACACCUGCCAAGCCACCCGUGAAUCCACCGCCAAGCCCACCACUUACCGCGGAUAACCCUGAUAUCCGCCGGUCAGACAGUGCUAGCAGCAUCCGACGGGCGGCGGAUGAGGCAAGAGCGAACAUGAGUGAGGGGAGGCGAAGCACGGAAGGUACACCUCGAACAGCGGUCAAGAAUGUCAAGAAUUUAAAGUCGGGCGGAGGUCUACGGCGCGAGGCAGUCUUUGGCCAGUCGGAGCUAUCGAGCAUGCCUGGUGCUUUCCCCGAGGAUGAGAGAAGGACGACGCCUAGUAGUGGCUUCCGGAGGACCGUCUCGACUGCCUCCCAGCCUCAAUCCAUCUUGACGCAGAACACGCAGAAUACCGAAGACACGGGCCGGUCGGAAUCGACCGUCGACUCGGGUGCUACCACAUUGCCUCCCGAGCGGAAAGCACAUGCUCAGAGGCCGCCACGGAUAGUGCCCGUGUUUGACGACCUACCACAGCCGCACGAGCAUGUGCAUGAGGUGCGGAAUGUUUUACCCAAGAAGCCGAAGAUCAUCGAUGUUAGUGCCGCGAACCUGUCAACGCCGCAGUCGUUUGGCAUGACACCGAUUACUGCGGUCCCACCCAUGCCACCACCUCCGCCUCCGCCACCGCCAGUAGCAUCAUCGAAAGAGCCACCUCGAGUUGACUAUCUACUGAAGCACGGCGGUCUCCCAACUAUGGUGCCAAGGAGAUUGGUACAGAUGGCACCGUCGAUACAGCAGUACAGCAUGUAUCAGUCUCCUGCUAUUUUACAGCAAGCCCCGCUCGAGGAGUACUCCAGGAUCUUCUCGUCAAUUCACAAACGACUGGACGACUAUCUACAAGUAUUGCGGACGAGUGGUUCGCUUGCUGUAGCUACCGGAUACAAGUCUGUGGCGAGAAGACUCCUCGACAAGUUGUCACAGGUGUUUGCUCGUGACAUUUCCUCAGUAAGGUGCGAUUGUGUUAUGUGCAAGACUACCCCACAGCCUGCGCUCUCCGAUGAGGAGGAUUCGGGCAUCAGCUGGGGAGAAAUUCUGGAGAUUGUGUCCGGGCGACGAGAGCUACCACAGUGGCCACCGUUCAGCAUUAAACCUGAUGACGGUGGACUUGGCAUAUCUGGAGUCACACAAGCACCCAUGCAGAAGCUCGACAUCGAUGUGCCGGAAGAAUACAAGGACCACUACAUACGACAAAACCAGAAGACGAAGCGUGCGGUGCAAAGCUGGCUGUCUAUGCAACCAGACUUUCCGUCCAGCCCUCCUGAAGAAGCCGACGAAGACACACUCAUGUUCGCCAUGAUGACGAAGCUGGACAUGGAGCAACGAAACUUCUUCAUCGCCCUCAUGCACGGCCAAAGCACCGUCCACUCCUCUCGCGCCCCCACCCCCGCCGAACGACCAGCCACGGCCUCAACCGCCCUUCAACGAGCCCGAAAAGCCCUCCAACGCCUCUACCGUCUCGACCGAAGCCCCCGCGACUGCGAAAGCGCAAUGUACCUCCUCAACAACGCCCCCCUGCACGGCAUGCUCGCCACCCUCGCCGAAGUCAACGAAGCCGAAUGGGACAUCCUCGUGUCCGGCCGCUUCGACGGCUUCCUCUGGUCCGGCGCCGAAGCGCCCUUCCCCGCCUCCGCCUCCCAAUACGCCUCCCCCACCGGUUCCCGCGCACCUUCGCGCGGUAUGGCGGGCAGCCCCUUUUCCCGCAACAUGACGCCCUUCAGCGGCAUGUCCGGCGCCGGACCACCCCAACCUCGAGGCAAUACCCCCUUCAGCCCACUCCGCAACGCCAUGUCCCCCUCCGACACCACCCCGCCACUCCAUGGACAACAAACAUCCAUGUUCCCCUCCCGCAACCCCACCCCGGCUCUAGGUCUAGCAGCGAACGUAGGCACCCCCGCCCCAGUCCAAAUGGACGAAGACACGGAAAUCGCCGUCCUCGCCGAAGUCGAACGUAACCUCUUCAAUGACAUGGAACGCUUCGAAGACGCCUUCGAAGUCCUCCAUUCGCGGGCCGAACUCGUCCGGCAACUCCUCCGCGAGCGCUCCGCCGGCCUCUCCCUCUCCGCCCAACUCCGCCGGGGCUCAGGUGCGGACGCGGCCUUCGUGCGACUGGAUACCCCGGCGAGCGGGAUCACGGAUUUUGAAGACGAGGACGAUGAUGGGUUGGGGGAUACGGCGUCCUUGGCCCCGGAUGAUAGUGCGAGUCAGAUUUCGGUUAACAGGCGGCAUAGGAGACGGCAGGGGAGGGAGAAUCGGACGCCGGCGCCUGUGGUGGAGGAGGAUGAGGGGGAGAGUGUUUUUGAGGAGGAGAGAGCGGAAGCGGUGAGGAGGGGGAUGGGUGGUGGGGGGAGGAGGUCGAAGUAUUGA